AUGAACAUAACAUGCGAAGUUGGAAAAGAUAGUUAUUAUUCCGGUAGAGAACAAUUUUACCAGUUCCUACAAUUUCCACGAAACUCGUCUAAUGAGAAAAUUUAUAACGUCAAACAUUUACAGAAUACUGACAAACACGUUCUGACUUUUGACAGGUUUAUUAAUAAUAGUCUUGACAUGCGACUUUAUGUUGAUUUGGCAAUGAUAAUAGACAUAUUUCGGCGUGCAUUUCAAUUGAAGAAACACAAAGAUCCAACUGUUACUAAUGUCGCAGCAAUAACGUUGGUUUGCUAG